AUGGCAGCAGGACACUCUGGUUUGACCCCGCCCCCGUUGCCAUGGCAGCAGGACGCUCUGGUUUGGCCCCUCCCCCGUUGCCAUGGCAGCAGGACGCUGGCGGCCCCGGCCCCGGCGCUUGCGGCCCUGUACCGCUGGCUGGACACGGUGCCGCUGUCCCGGCCCCGCAGGAACAUCGCCCGCGACUUCAGCGACGGGGUGCUCGCGGCCGAGGUGGUGAAGUUCUUCUUCCCCGCCAUGGUGGAGCUGCACAGCUUCGUCCCCGCCAGCUCCACCGCCCAGAAACUCGCCAACUGGGGGCACCUCAACAGGAAGGUGCUGAGUAAGCUGAAUUUGCGGGUGCCGGAGGAGCUGAUCCGGGAGCUGGUGCAGAGCCGGCCGGGGAGGGCGGAGCAGCUGCUGCUGCUGCUGCGGGACAGGAUCCAGGAGCGCCAGGGACGGAGCCACGGCACGGCCGGGACCGGGCAGCCCCCGGGAGCUCCGGCAGAGCCAGAGGAGGGCGGAUACCUGGACACAGGCCAUUCCAAGGGCGGGAGCGACGUGGGAGGGGGCUGCUCCUGGGAGGGGGCUGCCAGGAGGGGUCGGUGCCUGUCCCCACACGGCCCGUCCUGCCCCAGGGGGGUGCCGAAGCCCCCCGGGGGGGUCCCGGGGGACGCUGCCGUGCGCCUGCAGCUGGUGGAGCAGGAGCAGGCGCUGCGCCUGGCACGGGAGACCAUCCAGAUCCUGCAGGCGAAGGUGGAGCGGCUGGAGCAGCUCCUGCUCCUCAAGAACCUGCGGAUCGACGACCUGAGCCGGCGGCUGCAGCAAGGACGGGGACAGGGACGGGGACAGGGACGGGGACAGCAGCGCUGA